UGGGAAUAUUUGGAUUACCGGAGAUGAUGAAUGGAUGGGGUGCAUAUCUAGAGAGUGACAUUGGCAGUUGACCUUGGCUGCGUGUGUGCCAAAAGGUGAGCUCCCACUGAACAGCCUGCUGCUUUGUCUUGGCUGGGCUUCCAAUCCAGGUGCUGGGAUGGCUGGAGAAGGUCGUGAUUUGCAGUUGAGCUGAGGGAGGUGUGAAGCAUCAUCCAUCCCCUGGUGACAUUUGAGAAUUAGAGGUAUGGAUCUUCGGCAUCUGCUGUUUACUUUGGCACUGGUCUGUGCAAAUGACUCACUUUCUGCAAGUGAUGACCUUUUGCAGUGGCCACAAAUCAGCAAGUGCAGAUCACCUGAACUGGAGACAUUUUCAUGUUAUUGGACUGACGGAAAUUUUUAUAACCUCACUGCUCCAGGAACAAUACAACUAUUGUACAUGAAAAGGAAUGAUGAAGACUGGAAAGAAUGCCCUGAUUAUAUCACUGCAGGAGAAAAUAGCUGUUAUUUCAACACGUCCUACACCUCUAUUUGGAUACCGUAUUGUGUUAAGCUUGCCAAUAAAGAUGAAGUAUUUGAUGAAAAAUGUUUCAGCGUUGAUGAAAUAGUACUACCUGACCCCCCUGUCCACCUUAACUGGACUCUGCUAAAUACUAGUCAGACUGGGAUCCAUGGGGAUAUCCAAGUAAGAUGGGAUCCACCACCAACAGCAGAUGUUCAGAAGGGAUGGAUUACACUGGAGUAUGAAUUGCAGUACAAAGAAGUUAAUGAGACAAAAUGGAAGGAGUUAGAACCCAGAAUCUCAACAAUGGUUCCACUGUACUCUCUGAAGAUGGCAAGAGAUUAUGAGAUACGAGUCCGAUCAAGACAACGCACCUCCGAAAAAUUUGGAGAGUUCAGUGAAAUCCUUUAUGUAUCUUUUUCUCAAUUAGGCGCUGAAUUUGUUCAUUGUGCUGAAGAAAUUGAGUUUCCAUGGUUCUUAGUUGUUACCUUCGGAGCAUGUGGGCUGGCUGUAACAGUGAUCUUAAUCCUGCUGUCUAAACAACCAAGGUUAAAAAUGCUGAUUUUUCCUCCUGUGCCAGUUCCAAGGAUUAAAGGGAUUGACCCAGAUCUCUUGAAGAAAGGAAAGCUAGAUGAAGUGAACUCCAUCUUAGCCAGCCAUGACAGCUACAAGACACAGCUAUACAAUGAUGACUUGUGGGUUGAGUUUAUUGAGUUGGACAUAGAAGACCCUGAUGAAAAGAACAGAGUCUCAGAUACCAACAGGCUCCUGAGUGAAGAUCAUCUGAAAUCACACAGUUGCUUGGGAGCAAAGGAUGACGAUUCUGGACGGGCCAGUUGUUGUGAACCAGAUAUUCCAGAGACAGACUUCAGUGCGAGCGACACAUGUGAUGCCAUCUCUGAUAUUGAUCAGUUCAAAAAGGUAACUGAAAAAGAAGAGGAUCUCUUGUGCCUUGAUAGAAAAGAUGAGUCACUUCCAAGCCUUGCCAACACAGAUCCCCAACAGCUGCAUGUGAGUACCCAGUCCGAAAAUAGCCAGCCAUGGCCACCUUUUGCAGACGGCAUUGGCUCAGCUAAUCCAUCAGUCCAUACCCAGCUAAGUAACCAGAAUUCAUUGACAAAUACUGACUUCUAUGCGCAAGUGAGUGAUAUUACUCCGGCAGGCAGUGUUGUACUUUCACCAGGGCAGAAGUCCAAGUUAGGGAGAACACAGUGUGAAGGGUGCACAGAACAAAACUUCACCAUGGACAAUGCCUACUUCUGUGAGGCAGAUGUGAAAAAAUGUAUUGCUGUGACUUCCCACGAAGAGGAUGAGCCGCAUGUUCAGGAGCAAAGCUGUAACGAGGAUGCUUACUUCACCACAGAGAGCCUUACCACUACCGGUGUCAAUCUUGGAGCUUCAACAGCAGAAACCCCAAGUUCAGAGAUGCCUGUCCCAGACUAUACGUCUAUUCAUAUCGUCCACUCUCCACAAGGCCUUGUACUCAAUGCAACUGCACUGCCUGUGCCAGACAAGGAAUUCAACGUGUCUUGUGGCUAUGUGAGCACAGACCAGCUGAACAAAAUCCUGCCGUAGCUCUUCUUUGACUAGGUGUGCGCAGUAUUUCACAGCAGAGAGUCAGCUCAGGCUUGUAUGCUGAAACCAAAAUGAAGUCUAAAAGUUUCUCAUGGUUCUUAUAACUUUAUCUGAAAUGUUGAAACAUAAAAUAUUCAUCAAAAUAUUCCUAUUGUGUUCUGUAAAUAUUAUCUAUGAAUUUGUCUUGAGACUUUUACUAGCAGUGACUGUCUUGUUCUUGUGGGUGUUGAUUUUUGUGAUACUAAACAUUGAAAUUACUAUGUUUAAUGUGCAGUAAAUCAUGCAUUUUGAUAAAGCUAAAUAUCAGGUGGUUUAGAGUCGAAGAAUUUAGUAAAAACCGUGCUGUUGGCAGAGAUCUUUAUAUCAAUAAUUGAGAAUUGAACAUAUAAGUGAAAAAACAAAAGUAGAGUGAAUAAAUAACACAUCUAUUUUGAUUUAAAUAAAUUAAUAAAAUAUAUUUUCAUAUUUUAGUC